AUGGCUUCAAGUACAGCCGAAAUAGUCCACGAGUGUCUUCCCUUCAUUCAAGUCUACAAAGAUGGUCGAGUUCAAAGACUGGUGGGUAACGACGUCGUUCCUGCAUCAGUGGAUCCCGACUCCGGCGUUCAAUCCCAAGACAUCGGAAUCACAAUGGAGAUCGUGAAUGAUUACGCCCCGUGCCAAGGCCGGGAUAUUGACACCAUUUCCAUUUUCCAUCAUGAAUCCCCGGUUAUCACCAAGCUCCACCAGCUAUGCCUCGCGGGAAUAAAAUUUAAACUUACUUAA